UGUCGUGCGACAGCGCUAAAGAUGGCGAGCAGCAAAAAGAGUGCACUUAUUUCUUCACUAGCCGCUUAUGGAGACGAUUCAGAGCAGGAUUCAGAUCCAGACACAGACGAUCAAGAAUCUCAUGGUGGUUUGGUUUCUGCUAGUUAUGGAGAGGAUGAAGUGAGUCGUGUGGAGGAGGCAUAUGAGAAACCCUCAGAGAAUGAAGACAGCGACGAGGACAGCACUAGAAAUUCGGAUGAGGAGGAGUCAGACUCAGGGCGGAUCCAAGAUGAUGUGAAGGAUGUCCAGGAAGUGGAGGUUAAAGAUCCCAAUGAGCUUGUUGCACAGUUUUCUGAGAAAGUUCGAAACAUGUCUCCUGAUGAGAUCCGAAUUCCUCCUGAACCGGCCGGGCGCUGCUCCAGUCAUCUGCAGGAAAAGAUCUUUAAACUUUAUGAGCGGAAGCUUCAGGGAGACUUCGAUACAAACAGCCAUAUUCAAAAGAAGAAAGAGUUUCGCAAUCCCAGUAUUUAUGAGAAGCUGAUUCAGUUCUGUGGCAUUGAUGAACUUGGAACCAAUUAUCCAAAAGACAUGUUUGACCCCCAUGGCUGGUCAGAGGAUUCAUAUUAUGAGUCACUGGCCAAAGCUCAGAAAGUAGAGAUGGACAAACUUGAAAAGGCUAAAAAGGAGAAGACUAAGAUUGAGUUUGUGACGGGCACUAAAAAAGGCACCACUACUAACGCCGCAGCUUUGGCCACAAACACAACAGCCGCUUCAUCUACAGAUGCCCAGAAGAGGAAGAGCAAGUGGGAUUCAGCCGUUCCAGUGACACUUGCACAGCCUGCCCUCCUCACCACCACUGCCACCCUGCCCGGAGUCGUGUCUGUAACCACAACAGCCAGCGGCACCAAGACCACCGUCAUCUCCGCUGUGGGCACCAUUCACAAAAAAGCCAAGCAGUGAUGCUGACAAGUCAGAAAAAUGGGUAUUCAAGUCAGGUUGCCAGAUUGAUAUUAACAGAUCCUGCUGUUGUUUUACUUCAGAAACAAACAUCAGGCAACUGGAGUAGAAGAUGUUUCUCAUUUUCAGAGAGAGAAAAUUCUGGAUGUGUCUUCAUAAUGGCAUAACAGUAUCACACAUUUCUGUGCUCAGCUUUGACGGUAUGAUUUAAAAGUCAUGGUUGAAUUUUUUCAUAAACUUUUCAAGUCAAAAAUAUGAAAAAGAAAAAUUUCAAAUCUGCAAUAAUAAGUAUAAUCAGUCCCUUUUUUGUUUUAGUAAUAAAUUUGUUGUUUAAUAGGCAGUGAGUCAGGUUUUCCUGCUGUAUUCAUAUUUGGGACAUCAUUCAGUUUCAUAUUGCAGUUACUUUUCAGGGCUGACUGACUGACUGUAUUAUUGCAUUUAUUAUAAGACAAAAAGGGUCUUAUAAUUUGUUUUUCUCUUUGAUUUUUAUUUCAUUUUAGCAAUACAAGUAGACAUUUUUAGCCUUGUAUAUAUUAAAAUAACUGUGUGACUUCUCUGUAGCUCAGCAGUGUAAAAAUAAAAGUUUUUUAAUAACUGAAAA